AGUCGGAAGUGAAAGAGUACGUCGUUGGAAAGAAGUAGCGUCUCGUGUAAUAUUCUUAAAGUUUAUGGUUUAUUUUAUUUUAUUUAUAUUGCAUACUUCACUACGUUCGUCAUGUUAUCCUAGCUUUGUUUCAGUGUUAGCAAGAGAGCCGCAUGUAUCUAACUGUAGUGACGUAAACCAGGUGGUUUCGGGUAUAUUUGGUAAGGUUUAGUAGCUUUUCGUCGAUUGAAAUUCGUUUCAGAAAGAAGCAUGGACUCGGACACUGAAGUAGAAAAUAUUUUUACCAAAAUGAAUGGCGACGAUGAUGACGAGAAGCAGAGGAGACCACCUUCUAGUUAUGGUUCAAUGAAAAGCGAAAGUGAUGACAUGGAAGACAUAAAGGAGGAGCAGGCAGAUGAAGUGGUGGUUGCAGUGCUACCUGAUCCACCUGUUACUACAGAGAUGGGAAUGCAGAUGAAUCGCUCAAUGUCUCCAGAGACCCUCUACACCAUAGGCACAGAGCAGACCAAACCCCCCGGAGCCAUGGUCCUUGAAACCAGUUCUUUGGAUUUUGAGAAUUUGAUAGAGGAGGAUGAGGAAGAUGAGGAUGAAAUUUUGUAUACUUGUUCUCCUGAACCACCUGAGCUUCUUGACCUAGAAGAUUCAACGAGUGAUGAGAGCAGCCAGCCAGGCAAAAUGCACCCAGAACAGGACCUGGCCCACAUAUUCAAAAGUAUGCAGAAAAGUCUGUCAGGCCUCACCAGCAUGGAGCUGUUAAAAUUUCAGAUCAAGUUUCAUGAUUGGCAGCGUAAAGUUACCAUGAGGGUGGAUGGAGACGUUCUUGACUUUGUGGACAUGCUUAUUGAGCAGUAUGGCCUGGAACAUGCUUUGAGGUUGACAAUUGAAACUCUUCAAAAUAUUGGCAAGAGGGAAGAGGCAGAAGAACUGAAACAGCAAUGUCACAGAGCUUUGUCUCGUUUUGAGAUGAACACGUGUUUAAUCGCAAAACACAGAAUCAUUCAUGAGGGAGUGCCUCAACCUGGAAAACAAGCUUUUCUCAACAACAUCUACGUGGAGCCGGAGCUUUCCCGCUGUGGUUACGGAGGAAUUGACCCCUCCCAUGAGUUGCUACAGCACCCUCCAACUCCCGUUCAACUCCCAAGUCCUGACACGUUUAUUGGUGUGAAUGACCUCUUCAGACUAAAGAAACAAGAUGGUACACCUGUGAGGACAGUAGUGACCACUGGGCUUGCAGGAGUUGGCAAGUCUGUCUGUGCAGCGAAAUACGGACUGGACUGGGCGGAGGGCCGUGCCAACAGGGAUCAGCAGUUUGUUCUAAGUCUACCAUUUCGGAGUUUUUGGUAUCUGAGAGAUAAAAAUGAGAAUGGUGAUCAACCUGCGAAUGUAUCCUUCUUAGAUGUGCUUAGCCAUCAUCUGUCAAACAUGAAAGGCACAAAGUACCUGGAUAAAGAGAGUCACAAUUUUCUGUUCAUAAUGGAUUGCUUUGAUUGCUACAACGCUCCUCUGGACUGGGAGAAUGCUCCAGUGAUAAGUAGUGUUCAUACCAAAGCACAUGUUGAUGACCUGGUUGUAAAUAUCAUCCGAGGGACUUUGCUUCCUGGUGCCCGCCUCUGGAUCCUGGGGAGACGAGCUGCUGUCACACAGAUACCAUCUAAAUUCAUUGAUGAGUUUACUGAGCUACAGGGUUUUAGUGACUCAAUGAAAGAUGAAUACCUGACCAAACAGUUCAAUGAAGCAGAGCUAGCAACACAAAUUGUGAGACAAUCCAAGCGUGUGUCAACACUCCACAUUUUUGGUCGCCAUCCCUUUUUCUUGUGGAUAAUGGCGGUAACGUUCAAGCGCUGCUUCGGUUAUUUGGACUAUGGGCAGGACCCUCCCAGAAUAACACCGUUUUACAUUCACAUGAUGACCGUUCAGAUAAAUCGCAGGCUACAGUUCUACCACGGCAGGCCUGAAAACCAACUGAGAUGGUCUGAUCAAGAGAGAAACCUGGUGAAAAGGCUGGGGAAGUUGGCCUUCAAGAUGCUGGAGAAAAAAACCAGUGUCUUCUAUGAAGAGGAUGUGAAGGACUACGACCUGGAGUUGAGAGAGGUGGUGGUGAACUCAGGCAUGGUCACAGAGCUCACCACUACAGCCCCAGAUGGUGGAAGAUCAUUCUCUUUUUUUCACUUCACCUUCCAGGAGUUCUUGGCUGCACUGUACGUCUUCCUGAAGUUUCACACAGAAUCUAAGAACAUUCUGGACUCCAGCUUGCUGUCAAUGCCCAAAUUCUUAACAGGCAAAUAUCUGACCAAGUCUGCAGCAGGUCUUAUCCAGUAUGCCUUUGCUCAAGCCCUAAACUCGCCACAAGGCCACUAUGAUCUGUUCCUGCGCUUUUUGUGUGGUUUUCUGAAUCCACAUUGCCACCACACUCUGCUCGCUAUCUACUUCUAUCCACACAACUUUCCGAAGGUGGCUGGACUGGGUGAUGUGCAGGAGCUGCUGGAGCAAGCAAUUAAAACUGCUCCUGAGGACAGAGUGGGAAACCUGAGGGAGUGCCUUAGAGAGAUGAUUCAGUCAGAUGAGUGAGUUAGGGUUUUGAUGACGUGUUGAUAAUUGCCAUUUAACAUGGUGUAAUGGAUUAAAGGACACUGUGAUAAGUUAUCGCUGAAGUUUCUGUCCCAUCACAGAAUUGGAGAUUAUUCCAGAAAUGGAUUUUCUUUUAGCUUGUACAGAAAUGAAUUCUCAAUUUUAUUAUUUUUUUUUUCUUCAUUUAGUUGUGAUUGUUCAUUUCAGCUGUGGCCUUUUAGAAACUAUACAGGGCAUACAAAAAUAACUACACCUCUGUCCAAUAACACUGUCUAAUAAGAGAUUCACACUUGUAUCAACUUAUAGUUGAAACAGUUUUAGUUAGAAGUGUAAAAUAUUUGAUCUUAUGUGUAUUUAGAAGCAAACACUAAACAUAUUAGGUGUGAAUGAAGCAAAAUGCAUACUCCUGGAAUAAAAACAGUAAAAACCUUAUAAGGCAUUCAUAUGCUUAUGAAGGCUAAUGAAAUUCACAAGGUUAUAAGAUAUGUAAUUAAUCUAAUUGACAAUAAUCCCAAAACAACUAUUAUCCAUAAUCUCUCAACUGUGUUUAAAGAGGAAUCCAGAGAGGCAAAAACCUAAACGGCAAAAAGCAGCUGAUAAGAUCCAUCUGUGGAUAAACAACAGAUCAGAUUGAACAGACACAGAACACGUUGUAAAUACAAGAUUAAUGCUAUUGAGUUGACACUUGAGUUGGCCCUGCAAUAGACUGGCAGCCUGUCCAGGGUGUCCAGGGUGUACCCUGCCUCUCGCCUGCUAAAGGUGGGGAUAGGCUCCAGCUUCCACAAAGACCCUGAAUUGGAUUUAGUGGUAUGGAAAAUGAAUGAAUGGCUUUUGAGUUAAUGCACUUUUUUCUGUUUUGUUUUUUUUUUUAACCAUACAAGUUUACAUGGUUUACUUGUGUACUUAAAAUGAAUGCUAUUUUAAUUUUAUUAAAAAAAACAAGGCCAAAAAGAAGAAAGCGUUGAUUAUCAUUUCCAAUAUUAUUUGUCAACAGGGCUUAUUAUACAUUAUCUAGCCUUUUAUUAUUGUGUGCAUGACCAUGAUUACUUGCUGAGAUUAUAAACUGGAUCACUUUGUUUUCUGUGUGAGUUCAUCUGUAUUAGGUGGGUAUUGUUUUACCAGAUUUAAUGUUUGUGUGUGUGUGUGUGUUUUUUUCUGCCCUGUUAGCAUCUGAGAAAGACAUAUUGUUUAAAUAAAGGGAUAUUUUUGGC